AACCUUGAACACCAAGAUGUGAGCUCUUUAACAAUGUCUCUUGCAAACACAUUUUUGAACAAUUCAAGCCAGUAUCCUCCCAAUUCUCAAAGAAUGCAAGUCCCGAGAAAUUCUCGUCCAUUUUCCUCCAGUCAAAAUUUGCACCCCUCUCAAAAUUAUGACAUGAAUACUUGGUUGGAUAGAAACAAAAUCAUGAGUCAAACGAAUUUUAAUUCUACUUUAGUAGAUGGCAAAAUUAAUGAUCCCUACUCACCGAAUCGAUUUGGUUCUGGAAGACCCUUAGAAGAACAGAAAAAUGUUGGAAUUCUGCAAAGAAUGUCGUUAGUGAAUGAUAAUUUGGGUUAUCGAGAUAUGUCAGUAUCUCACUCCUCCGGUCUCCCUUUGGCAUCAUCUACCACUGGAGGAGAUUUCUGUGGCCUAAUUCCUCCCACCCAAGUUCAACCCUCUUCAACAAGAGAUGCUUCCCAAUGGGCUAUGCUUCCAUCUGUCCCCCCUUAUGGAUCUGAACAUCUUAGAACUGGUCGCUUCUACCUCAUGAGAAGCACUUCACCGGAUACCGACGCUACGUCUUAUAUUGAACAAGCAACUUUUCGAUCUAUCAAGGCGAAAAUCCAGGCUUGUCUUCCUCCUCCGACUACUGAUCGCAAAUUCCCAACUCAACUUGGACCCUACAUGUCAGUUACUCCAAUGGAUACUGCCCCCCGCGCUUCUCUUUCUCUGGGCUUUAUGACUCAAUCAUUUAGAGCUUGGUGUCCCCGACUUGGGAGAUACGUAGUUCUUCGGUGUGUCAUUUUGGAUUCCUCUAAAGUGAUCACUCGAGAGGCUUACAUGCUUGCAAAUGCAUUUUCCGAGGAGAGAGACUCAACUAUUCUGCGAUUACUCGACGUACUACCUGUGACGGACUUUUCUGACAAUUCUAUCCUUUUCGUUUACGACUUUAUUCCCUGUGCCCGUUCUCUUCGAGACGUUUUCAUGUUGGAGCAUACUAAAAGCCCAGACCAAGUGGUUAAAUCGGACUUUGCUCCAGAGCGUCGUUCCUGGUUUAUCCUGGUCCAGUUAACUCAGGCUCUCCGCUGCGCUCACAAGAAGAUGCACCGGAGCCUCGAUGUUCUUAAUCCCACCAAAAUCCUCAUCCAAGAUGGAUCGAGGGUCUAUAUCAAUUGUUAUGGCUUAAGAGAUGUCGUUAACUUCCCCAAAUCGAAUGAAAAACAAAGACCAGAAGUCAUGGCCAUGGACUUUAUUGCCUUGGGUAAUAUAAUGCUUGGAAUCAUUGUUGGAACCCAGCUUGCAUAUGAGAAACCAACCGAGUACCUGCCCCUUCUGGACAGUGGAGUAAGCCCUGAACUCCGCAACAUUGUUCGUGAUCUUGUUUUAGGCAAUAUCACCACCAUCGACGCCCUUGUCAUGGCAACUGCUGACCAUGCCUACGACUGUAUGGAAUCGGUUAAUGUUCUUGCUCGAAAUCUUGAAACUUUUCUACAAAGAGAAAUUUCAAAUGGCCGAUUACUCCGUCUGAUUUGCAAGUUGAACUCGGUUGUCGAACGCCAAAAUGUAAGUACGUCAAAAUAUCCCGAACCUGAUUGGUCAGAGACUGACGACAGAUAUAUGCUGAAACUCUUCAGAGACUACGUUUUCCAUCAAGUUGACCAAAAUGGUGCGCCAUAUCUGGACCUCGCACAUAUUGUCCAGGCCUUAAAUAAGGUUGAGGCCGGUUCGACUGAGCUGGUAUGCCUAUCAAGUCGCAAAGCACAUCAAGUGAUAAUCGUUACCUAUGCGGAUAUUCGUGAUUUCUUGGACAAGAGUUUCAGCCACCUGGUAGAAGAAAGUCGACGCAGUGUACUCGAACAGCAACAGAUGUUGCAACAGCAGCAACAACAAACGACUGCCCGGGGGAUUUCCCAGCCUCAACGAAGGGUGGACAAUUUGGCGCCUGAUCUCUCCUAG